CUGUAUUCCUGGAAAUGUCAACAAAUCUGUGAAAUGGUUUGAAAGCAAUGUUUGUCUCAAAUUGAGUUCACUUUGCAUACAAUCAGUGGAUCUCAUGUCAAGUGAUUGAGCCAUUGCUCACCCAUUAUCUGUGGACAAGAGAGCACCAGAAGAAUAUCAUCAAUGCCAUUAACACCACAACUCAAUGACUACCUCUUGUGUCCCAUUUGUUUCAAUCAGUUCUCAGUGACGCGAAAGCCGUUUACUCUGAUCUGUUCGCACACCUGCUGUUCAAACUGUCUUCAGUCUGUUCAGAGCUGUCCUUUCGAUUCGACGCCCAUUGAGACUCGACUGCCUGAGAAUGAGGCCAUUCUGGGACUCAUUCAACUGAAUGGCUGUCCAAAUGGAUCCAAUUCCUCACAACCAAACUCCAGAAGUAACGACAGACCAGUCGUUCAGAGUUAUGAUUGCGUUGACAUUCAAGACAUUCCCUAUUAUCGCAAAUGCAUUGAUUGUAUCAAACAAAUGGCUCUUCUGUUGCGACCUCAACAACAAAACCAAUCGUUGUCGCGUCCGAUGCAGAGGAAGUUAAUCACUCUAUUGCACUGUCAGGUGGUUGAGGGCGAGGGUCGGAGCCGUGCGCUCAGGAAUGUGCGGUCUAUUGGUGAGCGAGCGUUGGCUGAGCUCCUCAUCAAACAUCAGGACUCAUAUCAACUCAGUUCAAACCUAUGGGCGGCUGUCAGAGCCCGUGGCUGUCAGUUCUUAGGGCCAGCCAUGCAGGAGGAAGUGCUAAGAUUAGUUCUCUUGGCUCUGGAGGAUGGAAGCGCUCUAUCGCGCAAAGUAUUGGUGAUGUUUGUGGUUCAGCGUCUGUCCCCUCAGUUUCCACAUCAGGCCAGCAAAACGGCG